UACUGCGCAGAACUGGGGUUGGUACAAAACAGUACGGUUAGGGAGAAGUACAUUGAACGCUUGAUUUUUUUUUAUUUGAAUAAGAAAAACAAAUAAAUAAUUAUAAAUGCCUGGAAUGAUGGAAAAGGGUUCUGAAUAUCUUGGGAAAGGGCGAUCAAAUGGGACGAAAAGCCCAUCCAACGCUUCGAAUGGACAUUUUUCGGACGAUAGUGGCAGCGACGAAGAGCAUGACGUUGGAAUGCGAGUGGGAUCGGAAUAUCAAGCGACUAUCCCUGAAUACGAUCCUGGAUCUACAAAGUACAGCGAGAAGGACAGUGGAGGGAUGCUGGUAUGGUCUCCAUACCAUACAAUUGUUGAUACUAAAUUGGAUGAAUAUAUUGCCAUUGCAAAAGAAAAACAUGGAUACAAUGUUGAGCAGGCUCUGGGGAUGCUGUUCUGGCACAAGCAUAACAUAGAGAAGUCGCUGGCGGACCUGCCCAACUUCACUCCCUUCCCUGAUGAAUGGACUGUGGAAGACAAAGUCUUAUUUGAGCAGGCCUUUAGUUUUCAUGGCAAAAGCUUUCACAGGAUUCAACAAAUGCUGCCAGAUAAGUCUAUUUCCAGUCUAGUGAAGUACUACUACUCGUGGAAAAAGACCCGUUCCAGGACAAGUUUGAUGGACAGACAAGCGAGAAAACUGGCAAAUCGGAGUAACCAAGAUGAGAGCGAUGAAGAAAUGGAAGAGGCGAAUCCUAUUGAAGCAAAUGACAGUGAUUAUGACCCCACCAAGGAGACGAAAAAAGAGCUGUCUGUUCAUGCACGUGUGUGCUGUCCUCCAAAGACCCAUUCUGAGCCACCGACCCCAACCACAAAGAUAGGGAUGGGUAGGAGAGAGCAUCAAACUCUGCAGCACCGCCACCACUCACAGCGCUCCAAGUGCCGGCCGCCCAAGGGCAUGUACCUCACUCAGGAGGAUGUGGUGGCUGUAUCUUGUAGCUCCACAGCUGCCAACACUGUCCUCAGGCAGCUGGACAUGGAACUGGUGUCCUUAAAGCGACAGGUCCAAAAUGCAAAACAGCUGAACAGCAUUCUCAAACAGAAGAUGGAAUCUGGUAUAGAUGAUUACAGAUUGCCUGAGUGCAACCAGAAAAUUAAUGCACGCUGGACAACAGACGAACAGCUUCUUGCCGUUCAAGGUGUCCGGAAAUAUGGGAAAGACUUUCAAGCUAUCGCCGACGUUAUUGGUAAUAAAACCGUAGGGCAGGUAAAGAACUUCUUUGUCAACUACCGUCGUCGAUUUAACUUGGAGGAGGUGCUGCAGGAGUGGGAGGCGGAGCAGGGAACGCGCGCCCCCAACGGCGACGCCGCAACCUCGGGGGAGGAGGGCAAAAACAGCUCCAACACUCCGACGUCAGGGAAGAGUACAGAUGAAGAGGAAGAGGAGGGCCAGAUGACCCCAGCGUCAGGCCCAUCCCCCGUGGCUCAGGCCUCGCUGGCCCCGCCCCCAGCCACCAGCACGGCGUCCCUGAACCAGCCGCCGCCCCUGCUGCGGCCUGGCCUGCCCAGCACCCCCGCCCUGCACCGCCAGCCUCCGCCACUCCAGCAGCAGGCCCGAUUCCUCCGGCCGGCACUCAACCAGCCACCCCCCCUCAUCCGGCCCUCCAACCCCAUGCCCCCCCGCCUCAAUCCCCGCCCCUCCUUGGCGUCGGUUGCCGGCCAGCAGCCCCCGACCCUGAUCGGCAUCCAGACGGAGACGCAGUCGUCGUCCUUGCACUGAGAACGUGUCGUUUACAAGAGAACGUUAUCCCCCCCCCUCAAAAAAAGGCUACAUUGUUUGGUGUCACUAUUGUUUGUUGUAAGCAGGUCAAGUUUUUGUACAUAAGUACAGUCUUAACGUUUAUUAUGUAAACUCUGUAAUCCAGUACAUGUUAUUUGUGGCUUUGUAUUUAUUUCCAAACUGUUUAAUUAUAGAUUAUGAUGUGUGACUGAAAACAUAACAGCAGUUCAAAAAAUGUCCCUCAGUCACCCCAGGGGGAUAUUGGUGAUGCCCGUUGUUAUAUAACUGCCAAAAGAAAGUACCAAAAUAUAUACAAAGAAUCAAAAGCUUAAAAAUUAAGCUAGUGGUAGUUUAGAAGUUAAGGAUAUUGUUUUGUUAUGUGUCUUUCAACAAUCCUAUUGUUUUUGUUCUCAAGUUUUGUUCAAAUUUUAUGAAGCACAUUAGUUCUGUGUUGUAUGUAAAUAUUUGGUUAUUUAUUUUAUACCUGGUGCUAUGGACUCCUGACUAAUUUGUGUGGAAUAGUUGUUGCCAUAAAAGUGCUCUUAAUUAGUGAGAAGCUUUUUUUUUUUACUAUAAUUUUAUAAUUCUGUUUAGCACAUUACAGAAAUUAGGAUAUGAUUAUGGAUAUUUUUUUUGGUUGUUGAAAAAAAUCUCGUAGAUUUGUAAAUUAAUUAGUUUACUUUUUUUAUCUUUUCCUCUUUUAAUGUGAACGAAAAUGGUAUGUACAUUUCAUUUGGAUCCUUUUAUUUUUCAUGUUACCAUGCGAAUAUCCCAAUUAAUUGGUCACCACCACUGACACACUGAAGUAGUUUUAUUUAUUUUAUUGUUAGGCUUUUGAGUGUGAACGGUAAAACAGAACAGAACUCCAUAGGCUUAUCCGACCUUCCUAAAGUUUACCGCUGUUGUAAUUAUUUUUCCCUGCAUGGCGCCGAAAAUACCGUUAUCGAUGAAAACACGAUGGCGGAAUAGGAAUGUGGCCCUGCCCCAGAGAAGAGGGGUUCUAACUCUCCAGAACUGUACGUUAUUAAGACAAACACCUGAGUACAAUCUCAGGUGAAUAUUUAUAAUUGGUUGCUUUAAAAAAAAUCUUGUGGGUUAGCUUAUGGUACUUAUUGCAUUAAUGUCCUCUUGAAACACUGAACAUGUAUGUAACCGUAAACCCGCAGGCUGCUGGGACUUUUACAGUACACGCCAUCCUGCCUUAACUAUACUGCAUGACAUUGCAAACAUAUCCUUCUCGUCUAAUUAAUUAGUAAAUGUGAACUGCAUGCUUAGAUGGAAUAAGGCAGAUGUAGCUUUUCCAGAUGAUUGUCUUAUAUACCAACCUAUUGAAAGUUAGUUCUCUUGUGUACAUUUUGAUCCUCAUCUUUCUUUCAGCCCUUCGUUCAUUACAAUAUUAUUAAAAUACAGCAUUCAGCGUGCUUGUGCAGUUA